AUGAUUCUAAUUGGGGAUUCUGCAGUUGGUAAAUCAUCAUUAAUGAAUCAAUUUAUUAACAAAUCUUUUACUGCACAAUAUAAAGCAACAAUUGGAGCAGAUUUUUUAACAAAAGAAAUUGACGUUGACGGUGAAAGUGUUGCAUUACAAGUCUGGGACACUGCUGGACAUGAAAAAUUUAUGAGUUUUGGACAAGCGUUUUAUCGUGGAAGUGACUGUUGUUUCUUAGUUUUUGAUGUAACAAAUGAACAAUCAUUUCAGUCUCUAGACACAUGGAAAAAUGACUUUCUGUCUGGAGCUAAUCCUACAAAUGCUACAAAUUUCCCAUUUGUUGUAAUGGGAAAUAAAGUUGAUGAGGAUGCAGCAAAAAGAGUUGUUAGUAACGAACAAGCAAAAGAUUGGUGUGAAAAUAAUGGUGAUAUUCCUUAUUAUGAAACUUCUGCUAAAUCAGGAUUGAAUGUAGAAGAAGCAUUUUUGACUGUUGCUAGAAAAGUAGUUAAAACUAUGAAAAAAGAAGAUAAUCAUCCAGUCCCUAUUAGUACUAUUUCUAUUGAUGGCAAUACUUCAACUGAACCAAAUAAGAGCUGUUGUUAA